AUGUCGACCGAUUCACGAAAGCGAAGCGCGGAGACGGCUCUUGAUAGCGAGAAUGGAAGCGCGGAUACCAAACGGCAACGGGUACAAAGCCCACAUACCAUCCUUUCGAUUGGGAAAACAGGACUUUCGCCCCAGGCCUCAUCUGCGCCGACCAGAGAAGAUUCCGCGGUCAAGGGGCUGCGACGCACCAUCGCUCUCACUUUAGAGAAAGUCGGAUUUGAUGGUGCUGCGCCCGAAGCCAUGGAGAGUUUCACUGCCAUGACGGAAGCGUAUCUACUCUCGCUUGCUGAAACCGUCAAGACCUUCGGGAACAUUGGAAAACGCCAGCACCCCAUUCCAACCGACUUCGAGGUAGCGUUCAAGCGCUUCAACCUCACAACAUCACUUCUCGAUCCGCAUCGCAAACCCCCCAUUCCGAAAUCUAAACGAAAGCCCACUUGGGAGUUUCUGAUCCCCGAACCGCUAGGGGGGGAUCUUCCUAUUCUAGGCGAAGAGCUUGAUGGUGCCCCAGACAAGGCAGCAAAGCAGUACAUACCAGCGUUCUUUCCAGCAUUUCCCAGCAUACACACAUACAAGUGCACGCCCGAAAGUGUCGAUGCGGUUACAGUGUCAGAUGAUUGGGGAUUGUUCAACCCGGAUACGUCAUCCCAGAGCCUAGAUGGCUUACAACCAGUACAACCACAGCAGCCACAACGGCCUCUCGCGGCGGAUGAGAUUCCUUAUGGCGACCCGAAGAAGAUGCGCGAGGCGGCGGCGAAGGAGGCAAAGGCGGGAGAAGGUGCGCUUAGGAGGCUCAUGCGGGCGUCCAAGAUUGCCAAACAGAAAGAGGUAUGGUCUGCUGCGCAACGACAACCAGCACGGCGUGACAGGUACAAGUUGUGGGAAUCGGCCAUGCAGGAACUGAUUGAAGAUGAUAUCAAGUCCAAGGGCAAGGAGCUCAUGCCGACGGUGAUGUAUGGGGACAAAGGCCGAUUCGAGAUCGCGGACCACAGCAUGUUGGUCAAUACAAACAAGAAUGGCUGGGUCACCAGCUUGGCCACCUCGAUGGAGAACCCCAACAUGCUCCUCUCCGCCAGCCGCGACAAGACCCUGAUCAUCUGGAACCUCACCCGCGAUGAGACCCAGUACGGUUAUCCCAAGCGGUCGCUCCACGGUCACUCCCACAUCGUCUCCGACUGCGUGAUCUCGUCGGACGGUGCGUACGCGUUGUCCGCUUCGUGGGACAAGACCCUCCGCCUGUGGGAACUCUCGACCGGCACCACCACCCGCCGGUUCGUCGGCCACACCAACGACGUUCUCUCGGUCUCGUUCUCGGCCGACAACCGCCAGAUCGUCUCGGGCGCGCGCGACCGCAGCAUCAAGCUCUGGAAUACCCUCGGUGACUGCAAGUUCACCAUCACCGAGAAGGGCCACACCGAAUGGGUUUCGUGCGUCCGCUUCUCGCCCAACCCCCAGAACCCGGUGAUUGUCUCGUCUGGCUGGGACAAGCUGGUCAAGGUUUGGGAGCUCUCGAGCUGCAAGCUGCAGACCGACCACAUCGGCCACACUGGCUACAUCAACACCGUGACUAUCUCCCCCGAUGGAUCCCUCUGCGCUUCCGGUGGCAAGGACGGUACCACGAUGCUCUGGGAUCUUAACGAGAGCAAGCACCUGUACUCGCUCAAUGCCAACGACGAGAUUCACGCUCUCGUCUUCUCCCCCAACCGGUACUGGCUGUGCGCUGCCACCGCCAGCAGCAUCAUCAUCUUCGACCUUGAGAAGAAGAGCAAGGUCGACGAGCUCAAGCCUGAGUUCCAGAACGUUGGCAAGAAGAGCAACGAGCCCGAGUGUGUUUCGCUUGCGUGGAGCGCCGACGGCCAGACUCUCUUCGCCGGUUACACUGACAACAUCAUCCGUGUCUGGGGUGUCAUGUCGAGGGCGUAA